CUAUAUAAAUCCCCAACAAAACCCUAACCCUAAAUUCUCCAGCCUCCUCCAAAACCCUAGUUCCACUUCCCGUAGAGCCUCUCUCACGCUCUGAUUCAGCCCCAAAAAUGGGUCGCGUCCGUACGAAAACAGUGAAGAAAUCUUCGCGCCAAGUGAUUGAACGUUACUACUCUCGCAUGACCCUCGACUUCCACACCAACAAGAAGAUCCUCGAGGAGGUUGCAAUCAUCCCCUCUAAACGACUGCGUAACAAGAUCGCCGGUUUCUCCACCCACUUGAUGAAACGGAUCCAGAAGGGUCCUGUUCGUGGCAUCUCCUUGAAGCUUCAAGAGGAGGAGCGUGAACGACGCAUGGACUUUGUCCCAGAUGAGAGCGCCAUCAAAACGGAUCAAAUUGAGGUUGAUAAGGAGACUCUUGACAUGCUUGAAGCUCUUGGGAUGAAUGAGAUCCCGGGUAUAGUUCGGGUCGACCCGGUUUCAACACCUGCGCUCGAGUUCGCUGUUGGAGCUAGGAGGAGGUAUUAAAAGAGAGUGGAAUUUCGUGGGUGUCUCUUUUUAAUCCUUAUUUUUAAUGUUUUUGUUUUAAUCGAAUUUUGUGGCAAAAUUUUAUUCAGAAUGAAGAGUUUAGUUUUGCUUUCUCGGAACACUUGGUAUUAUGCUGAACAAAUAGUGUUAAUUUUUUUAUUAUUUUUUAUGUGAAAUUAUUAGUUAUAAA